GAGAGUAGCCGGGCUGUGCAGGUUGCCCAUUCAUUGUUUCCUACAGUCCAUCCUUCUGAGUCCAGCGGAAAGUGACUCCAGGCCUGACUCACCUGCCAAUUGGGGGACCGAGUCCAGAAGCCGGACCGAGAGAGCAGCUGAUCCUCGGGAGCAGUGGCCGCUGCCAUGCAGUCUUGUGCCAGGACAUGGAGACUGCGCCUGGGUUCGGGAGUCGGGGGCGGCCGCCGUCUGCCUGCGGGCGCGAGGCCGCAUUUGGUACCACGGGGCCGGGACAGCAGUAGCGGCGGCGGGGACAGCGGCGCGGCUGGGGCCUCACGCCUCCUCGAGCGCCUCCUGCCCAGACACGACGACUUUGCUGAAAGGCACAUAGGCCCCGGGGACAAAGACAAGAGGGAGAUGCUACAGGCCCUGGGGCUGGCGAGCAUUGAUGAACUGAUCGAGAAGACGGUCCCCGCCAGCAUCCGCUUGAAAAGACCCUUGAAAAUGGAAGACCCUAUUUGUGAAAAUGAAAUCCUUUCAACUCUGCGAGCCAUUUCAAGGAAGAAUCUGAUCUGGAGAUCAUAUAUUGGCAUGGGCUAUUAUAACUGCUCAGUGCCCCAGGCAAUUUUGCGGAACUUAUUGGAGAACUCAGGAUGGAUCACCCAGUAUACUCCGUACCAACCAGAGAUAUCUCAGGGAAGGCUGGAGAGUUUACUCAACUACCAGACCAUGGUAUGUGACAUGACAGGCAUGGACACAGCCAAUGCAUCCCUGUUGGAUGAGGCGACUGCAGCUGCAGAAGCAAUGCAGCUGUGCUACAGACACAACAAGAGGAAGAAAUUUUUUGUUGACCCUCGUUGUCACCCCCAGACAAUAGCUGUCAUCCAGACUAGAGCCAAAUACAAUGGAGUCCUCAUUGAGCUAAAGUUACCACAUGAAAUGGACUUCAGUGGAAAAGAUGUCAGUGGAGUCUUGUUUCAGUACCCAGACACUGAGGGGAAGGUGGAAGACUUCACAGAGCUUGUGGAGAGAGCUCACCAGACUGGGAGUCUGACAUGCUGUGCUACUGAUCUUUUAGCCUUGUGUAUCUUGAGGCCACCCGGAGAAUUUGGGGUAGACAUAGCUCUGGGCAGCUCACAGAGAUUUGGAGUGCCGCUGGGCUAUGGGGGACCUCAUGCAGCCUUUUUUGCUGUCAGAGAAAACUUGGUGAGAAUGAUGCCUGGAAGAAUGGUGGGAGUAACAAGAGAUGCCACUGGGAAAGAAGUGUAUCGUCUUGCUCUUCAAACGAGGGAGCAACAUAUCCGCAGAGACAAGGCUACCAGCAACAUUUGUACAGCCCAGGCCCUCUUGGCAAACAUGGCUGCCAUGUUUGCCAUCUAUCAUGGUUCUCGUGGACUGGAGCAUAUUGCUAGGAGGGUACACAAUGCCACUUUGAUUUUGUCUGAAGGUCUGAAGCGAGCUGGGCAUGGACUGCAGCACGACUUGUUCUUUGACACCUUGAAAGUUCAGUGUGGCUGCUCAGUGAAGGAGGUCUUGGGCAGGGCUGCUCAGCGGCAAAUCAACUUUCGGAUCUUUGAGGAUGGCACACUUGGUAUUUCUCUUGAUGAAACAGUCAAUGAAAAAGAUCUGGAUGAUUUGUUGUGGAUCUUUGGCUGUGAGUCAUCUGCAGAGCUGCUUGCUGAAUGCAUGGGAGAAGAGCUGAGAGGUAUUCCAGGAUCUGCAUUCAAGAGAACUAGCCCAUACCUCACACAUCAAGUGUUCAACAGAUAUCACUCAGAAACAAAUAUUGUCCGGUAUAUGAAGAAACUGGAAAACAAAGACAUUUCCCUUGUUCACAGCAUGAUUCCACUGGGAUCCUGCACCAUGAAGCUCAAUAGUUCAUCUGAACUCUCACCCAUCACAUGGAAAGAAUUUGCAAAUAUCCACCCCUUUGUGCCUCUGGACCAAGCUCAAGGAUACCAGCAGCUUUUCCGAGAGCUUGAGAAGGAUUUGUGUGAACUCACGGGUUAUGACCAAAUCUCCUUUCAGCCUAACAGUGGAGCCCAAGGGGAGUAUGCUGGACUGGCCACCAUUCGAGCUUACUUAGACUGGAAAGGCGAGAGACACAGGACGGUUUGUCUCAUUCCAAAGUCAGCACAUGGGACCAAUCCAGCAAGCGCCCACAUGGCAGGCAUGAAGAUUCAGCCUGUGGAAGUGGAUAAAUAUGGGAAUAUUGAUGCCGCUCACCUCAAGGCCAUGGUGGAUAAACACAAGGAGAACCUGGCAGCAAUAAUGAUUACAUACCCAUCCACCAACGGAGUGUUUGAAGAGAACAUCAGUGAUGUGUGUGCCCUGAUCCAUCAACACGGAGGACAGGUCUAUCUGGAUGGAGCAAAUAUGAAUGCUCAGGUGGGAAUCUGUCGUCCUGGAGACUUUGGGUCUGAUGUCUCACACCUCAAUCUGCACAAGACCUUCUGCAUCCCCCAUGGAGGAGGCGGCCCUGGCAUGGGGCCCAUUGGAGUGAAGAAGCAUCUUGCCCCUUUUCUGCCCAAUCAUCCCAUCAUUUCAGUAAAGCCGAAUGAGGAUACCUGGCCUGUAGGUACCGUCAGUGCAGCCCCAUGGGGCUCCAGCUCCAUCUUGCCCAUCUCAUGGGCUUAUAUCAAGAUGAUGGGAGGCAAGGGUCUUAAACAGGCCACAGAAAUUGCUAUAUUAAAUGCCAAUUACAUGGCCAAGAGACUGGAAAAACACUACAGAGUCCUUUUUAGAGGUGCAAGAGGUUUCGUGGCUCAUGAAUUUAUUUUGGACACAAGACCCUUCAAAAAGUCUGCAAAUAUUGAGGCUGUAGAUGUGGCAAAGAGGCUGCAGGAUUAUGGAUUCCAUGCCCCUACCAUGUCCUGGCCUGUGGCAGGGACUCUCAUGGUUGAGCCCACUGAGUCGGAAGACAAAGCAGAGCUGGACAGAUUCUGUGAUGCCAUGAUCAGCAUUCGUCAGGAAAUUGCCGAUAUCGAGGAUGGCCGCGUUGACCCUAAGGUCAAUCCACUGAAGAUGUCUCCACACUCCCUGACCUGUGUCACGUCCUCCCACUGGGAUCGGCCGUAUUCCAGAGAGGUGGCAGCAUUCCCACUCCCCUUUGUGAAACCAGAGAACAAAUUCUGGCCAACCAUUGCCCGCAUUGAUGACAUAUACGGAGAUCAGCACCUGGUUUGUACCUGCCCUCCCAUGGAAGUCUAUGAGUCCCCGUUUUCUGAACAGAAGAGGGCUUCUUCUUAGUCCUUUCUCUCUAGGUUCAAGGGACUUCUGUGAUGCCCCUUUCUGGAGCAUGUCACAAGCAAGAAGGAUUUGACCUCUCAUCCCGGGCUCAACUAGGGGUUUUAUAUACUGUGUAUAUUUUUGUAAUCUCUUUCAAGGUUAAUGUAAAUGCAGUUAGCAUAGGGAGUGGAAGCUGACAGUUGCAAGAUUGAUUUGCUUUGGUUCUUUGCUUCCACAUGUACCAGUUAAUUUUCAAGUUGCCUUGAUUUGGGAAUCAUUUAGGUUUUUUUGCAUAGAAAAUUCGGGGUGUGCUAGCAAAUUUUAACUUUCAGUGUGGCAAGUAUGCAGAUAUUAUAGAAGCUGUAGAGGAGGCUUGAUAGACAUUUUUGUUCCAAAUAAGUCCUUGUGGACUGGGCCACCUAUGGGAAAUCCCAGGGCGAAUGUUUACAUUUUGUACACUCUGAAGAAAUCUUUUUGCUUUGACUAAUUUGUAAUAGUAUUGCCAUUUUCCUUUUCUCUGUGUUUUUUUCUUAUAUGCAUUUAUUAGUGGUCUAAUAAAAAUGUUUCAAUUUAAAGGAU